GCUAUGAGGAAAGAACUCAGAGAUGACUGAUGUGGAGCCCGUGGUCACAGAUUUUGCUGCGUCGGGAAGAGCCGGCCGCCGAAAUGCCUUACCAGACAUUCUGGGUUCUUCUUCUGCGGCUGGAACAUCGGACCUGCCGCACAAAUUAGCUGAGCUCUCUAUGUCAGAAGAUGAAGGAGCUGAAGGUGGAGGGACAUCAUCUUCUGAUACCACAAUGGAAAAUCAAGAAACAGAAGGAAAGAGUAUGGAUUCCUAAUAUUAAUGAAACGUUUGCUUUAUGGUGAUCACCAACAGAUUUCAUUCCCAGUGUGUACAGGACUCUGAAUUAUACAAAACUUGUAGCUGGGUGAUGUGCAUAAGGGGCUAUAUAAUGUUUUUAAUUAUGUUACCUAGUCCAUCAGAUAACAGGUUAUUUGUGUACAAACCUCAGACCAUCUCUGCAGAAUGCAUGUAAAGUUUUAGGCUUGUUUUCAGUCCUGUAACAAAAUCACCCCACCAUAUCCUUUUGGAUAGUGUAAAUAAUCAAAUUCACUGCAGUUUGGUUAAUCUCUUGGAGCCUUUACAGAUAACAAAUAUAAAUCCUCUGUCCUUCUUUUACACAAAAAAUACUAGCCCUGAUCUAGAGGCAGUGGCACAAUAUACCAGUGAAACAUAUGUAGGAUUUGCCUUGCUGCAUACCAGCUUGGUCAAGGUGCGCAUGAUGCCCUGGAAGAACGGUAUAUUUCUAAAAGGACAAAAGGUUACAUAGGGGUAGGACAUUGAUGCAGCGUUGGAGUUGAAGAGAGCCCUGCUGGUAUUCGCCACUUUUUGUGUUGAGAGUAGGGCCGGCCCUACCAUUAGGCAGAGUAACGUUGUUGCCUGAAGCGGCAGGUAAUGGGUGUGGAGGGGGGGCAGCAGCAGCAGCAGAUCCCUAGAUCUGUUUCUUUUGUUGGAGGACAGGAGCUGUAUGUUCCACAUAACCUAUCCUGCACCUCCUAAGCUAGCCUGUUCCCCUGGGGUGACAUGGAGGAUGCUGCCCCAUCGCCUGUAUUGAAGUUAGAUUUACCUGUCAGUCUGGUCAGCUUCUCAGGUAGCAAAAUGUCUUGUUUCCGUGAGAACUUCCCCACACCACUUCAGCAGUAUAGUCAGCAGGAGCCCUUCCUCUCUAAAAAUGCAACAAAUACACAACCGCAGAUAGCUGCCUAAACAACCAUAGAUAGGCCAGACUAUUGAUCCAUGUAGCUCGCUAAUGACCACUCUGACUAGUAAAGGUACUCCAGGGUUUUAGGCAGAGACCUUUAAUGCAAAACUCCCACAACAUCUUCAAAAAAUGUUUCAGGCAUGGGGGCAUUGGAAGGGGGGGCACAAUCUGGUAGGUGUCCAUGAUUCGCAUGCAACCACGUUCUACACAGCAAUCACAAUGGCAACAGGCUGGUAGAAGUUGCACAUUUUUAUAGCAAGGAAAUAUUGAAGACUAGGUUUGGGGAAUAUGGCUGUCCCAGAAACAGAGGAAAGACCUCUGGAUCCCCAUAACAACUUCACAUGUAUUGUGCUAUUGUCUGCAAAGACCCCACUAUCAAUUUGAAAGUAAUAAUUUUUUUCUUCCUCCUCCGCCCCCCCCCCCGAACAUCAAAGUUUAAUUUCCCCAGUAUCCAAGAUUAUAUAAGGCCGACUGUCUGUUUGAUCUUUAAAGGGAAGGGAAUGUCCUUUGUCUAUAACCCCACAACGCCCUUUUGAAGUCUGGUCUCUACCUAGAGUUGUGCGGAGAAAAAUGAAAAAUGCUCUUUCCUCACGCCUUCAAAAUGUCAAGAUGCAUUGAGAUCACAUAGGAUUUUGAAAUCCUUUCGUGUGCAUCCUGUGCUCCCCCUUUCUCAGAUCUGACUUCUUCAGUGAUAGCGACACUCUUGUGUGUCCUUACAUUUGAGGAAAACGUGUGGCAAUUGUAACUGAUUUAAAAAUCCAUUUUAUGUUCAGCAUGAAAAAUGAAAUUGGUUGUCAUCUUUUUUGGUCAAUGGCAGCCUUCCCCAGCCUAGUGCACUCCAGAUGUGUCGGACUAAAGCUCCCAUGAUGGGAGACCCAAUAAAUGUGGAGGGCACCAGGUGGGGGAAGGCUGACUAUAGUGUCUUUCACCAGUCAUGUCUUUAGCAGAUGCAGGACACAAGUGUUUUGUUUGAGUCGGGGUGUAGGUUUAUCAGCUCAUAAUUGUUCCUGUUAAAAGCAUCGUUGUUAAAGCAUUUUUUUCCCUGAAAUAUUUUGCCUGUACCAAAGGAUUGA